AUUUCCCUAUCCCAUCAUGCACCUCGCGUAUGCCGCCAUUUUCACAAACUAGAGAACACGAGAACACCAACAAAGCCGGUAGAUAUUGAUCGAACAACGUAUUUCUACAAAGGUUAUGACAAUGGGAGACAAAAUGGACAUGAGUUUAGAUGAUAUUAUCAAGUCAACCAGAAAAGGAGGUCGUGGUAGAGGAGGUGGUCAAAGAAGGGGACGCGGUUCCGGCGGCGGUGGUGGCGCAACAAGAGGUAGACGCGGUGGAGCAGGCUUUGGAGGCCGACAGACUCGAGGCGGUGGUGGAGGAGGAGUGUUUCGUGGCGGCAUACAGAAAAGACGAACCAGUGGUGGUGGAGGUGGUGGUGGAAGACAAAAUUUUUCCCGGUCUAAAGACACACCAGAUGUAUGGAAGCAUGAUAUGUUUGACGGAGAUGUUGGCGUUAUGAAGAGAGGUGGAGGAGGAGGAGGAGGAGGUGGGGUUGCUGGCAACACAAGUAAACUUCAUAUAUCCAAUUUAGACUUUGGUGUCAAUGAUUCUGAUAUUCAGGAACUGUUUGCAGAAUUUGGUCCAUUGAAGAAGGCAGCUAUACACUAUGACAGAUCUGGAAGAUCUCUAGGCACAGCAGAAGUCAUAUAUGAGAGAAAUUCAGAUGCUGCAAAAGCUAUGAAACAGUAUAAUAAUGUUCCUUUAGAUGGCCGACCCAUGAAUAUUCAGUUGAUUGGUCCAACAGAUUCUGGUUCAGGUGAUGGAUUUAAUAGGAACAGACUAGGAGUUGGCAACAGAAGAGGUGGUGGUGGAGGGGGAGGAGGAGGAGGAAGAGGACGAGGUUUUAGUCGUGGCAACCGACGGGGAGGUAGUGGUGGUGGAGGUGGUGGAUUUAGAGGUCGGGGAGGAAGAGGUCGUGGGGGAGGAAACAAAAAGCCUAGAACAGCAGAAGAACUUGAUGCUGAAUUAGAAGCAUAUAAUUCAAAGAUGGAAACCGAUUGAUGGUUGAAAGAACUUAUAUAGGAAAGACCAUUAAAGGAAAUAAUUCUCACUGACACUUGAUUGAGUAUUGUAGUUAUGUGAAAACUUUAUUGGAGUGACUGGAUCCAUCAUCGAGUAAAGAGUAGAAUGAAAUAUACUGUGAUCAUUGAUAAAUUCUUUUUAGAUUUAAUUUCAGUGAACAGCCUAAUUAGGCUUUGAGAGCGUGUACUCUACAAAUGAAAUAGAAGAACUAUUUAUAUCUCAUUUCAAAUGAAAUUUUCAUGUUUUUAUUUUGUUGAUUUUAAUAUUUGCAAUUCAGUUAUCAAAGUAAUUUAUAUUUGAAUAUAAUUUUAUUUUGUUUUAUUAUUUUAAACGAUUUAAAAUUAAGACUUCAUAUUUAACUUAUUCAUCAGUAAUGCAUUAUUUAAAUUGUAUAAAGAGAAAAAGAAAAAUACACAAAUGUUUCAUUGUGGUUGGGUAUAAAUUGAAUACAUUGAAUAAUAGUUUUAUUUGUUUUACUGUUACUAUUUAUGUUGAUGUUUUUUGUAUGUCAUACAAUUUAAAUGUCAUGGUUUCUUCAGGUAUAUGAGCUAAUUUAUUAAACUUGAGAACCUGAUAAAGUUGUCAUCACACAAAUCACUUAUUUUUUAUUAUUGUUUUAUCUUGAUGUGUAAGAUUGAUCAAAUCAGUUGAUAGAAGAGGAAGUUGAGUGGUUGUAUUUUUAGGCCAAUAGGAAAACUUCAAUUUAUUUGUUUUCCAUAUCACAUAUGAAAUAGUAAAAUUACUGCAGUACAAAUGAAGUUUGACAAUGAAUGAAUGGGAAAAUUAUUUAUAUUUUGAAAUAGUAAAGGGUUAACAUGAAUAGAUUGUAGUGUAUAUGAGUAAUUAAUGGUUACGUUCAGUUGUAGUUGUUUUAUUUGGCAUUUUUCUAUGUUGGGACACUAGCUUGAUUACUUCAGUAUCUCUAAAGUUUGAACACUAAUGCUGUGUUUUAUAUACUAAGUAUAUAAUCUGCCAUUUUGCACAGUUUACAAAUAAUUACCUUUGAAACUAAAGUCUCUACAUUUUCUUUUAACUUAUUUAUAGUAGAAAAAAUUAAAAUGGUAAAUUCUAUAUACAUGUAUAUUUUUCCAAAACAGGAUGAAAAUAAAGAACAGAUAUGUACAUGUAGAGAUGAAAAAUUCUUACUUUGAAAUAUGUAUUGGAUUGUCAUAUGAAUGAAUGAUUCAUUUAGAAUCAAAAUCAACUAUUGUCAUUGUUAAAUUUCUGAAAAGGUUUUAUAAAAAUUGAUUCAAAGGCAGACAACUCUCUACUUAACUGACAUAGGGGAUAUAAUCAAAUAUUAUAUCAAAAAAUAUACCUCUUUUUUAAAAUGUUCAAUUGAAUGUGAUGGUUUGAAUUGAUGAUGAGAAAACUAAUAUUGCAAAUGUUCAAUUUGCUAGAAAAGGAUCUCUAAAUUUUUAAUUUUCAUUUAAAUAUUUCUUGCAGGAAGGAUUUAGCAUUUCAUUUCCAUUUAUCAAUUCAUCUUCAUCAAAAUAUGUCUUGUAAAUAAAAUAUUUUUUAUUCA